AUGUUCUUCAAGUCUGAGGAGGAACUUCUGGUAGCUCUUACAAAAAGAAUAUAUUACUAUAAUGCGAAGCUUGAUUGGGUUUCACCAGAUAAUAUAAAAGAAAAUUUUAAAAAUCGUAUAGUAAACAAUAGAGGAGGUGCAACAACUUGUUCAACCAAUCAGGAAGAGAGUAAUAUAGUGGAAAGGAAAAAAAACCUAUACAUCCCUACCAAGUCCAAUGAAAACAAAACAAGUGGCAACUCAGUUCCACAUAGGCGUCCA